AUGGCAGGAAACAGGCAAGUUUUGUUCAAAUCUACAGCGGUCAUCUUAGAUAAUCCCGUCUAUGAAGCUGAAUUCGGUCCUCAAACUCGUGCCGAUACAGCCAAAAAAGAAGACCAUCGACACUUAAACCAAUUCAUUGUUCAUGCUGCGCUGGAUAUUGUGGAAGAUUCUAUGUGGGGUACUAGUUCUAUGUACCUCAAAGUCAUUGACAAGUACAAUGAAUGGCUAGUGUCUGCUUACGUCUCUGCUAGUGGAGUGAAAUUCAUGUUGCUUCACGAUACUCCAAACGUGGACGGCAUAAGAAAUUUCUUUGUAGAAUCGCAUGAAAUGUUUGUAAAGAUCUUGAUGAAUCCGUUCUAUGAACUGAACGCACCAAUAACCUCUCCGUCGUUCGAUACUAAAGUGCGGGCAUCUGCACGCAAAUACCUGUAA